AUGAGAAGAGGCAUGACUUUAGCUGAAAACGCAGAAACAGUUCCAAAGCCUGCGGAGCAAGCAAUAAUUAAAGAAACUAUCAGAGACCCGCUUGUAAAAGCAGUUGGUGAAUGGUUAAUUCAACAAAAACCAAAAAUUCAUGCAAAUUUUAAUCUAUUCCUUGAAGAAAUUGUUAAUUCACCGAUUUUAGAUGAAGUACCUCCAGCUACACAGAACGUUGCUGAAAGAAAUGCAAAAGAUAUUCUUCUUCACAAAUAUCACUCAGUUAUCCAUCGUGUUUUAGAAAAUGAUAUUGGUCAAUAUGCUGAUACUUUGAAUAUUUUAUCGGGUUAUUUAGCCAGAUCAAAUGUUAUGGCUUCAAUUCCAGCAGUUCGUGAUCCAACUCCGAAACUCCUUAAGGCUAUAGCACAAGAAGAUCAUUUAUUUACAGGAUCAAGAGUCGUUAAGCAUGAUAUGCCUAAGCCAAAAUGUGCUGGAGUUGUUACAAGAGAAGUUUUGAAUCAAAUGAACUCAUUUGAAGUCACAGCUAAUACCAGAGCUAAAAGUUGUAAGCCAACAAGCCAGUAUAAGUCUCCAUUUGCUCAAUUCCCAGGAGGAACCCAAAUGGAGACAACAUAUCAGGAAACUUUCCAUAAAUACGAUGAAGAUGCUAGACCAAAGGUCAAUUCUGUUUUCAAUGUUUUCAAUGCACCUACAUGCAUUUAA